AUGGUUCUUUAUUCCAGGUACGGGUAUUCAACAGGAACUGUAUCCGAGAAGAACAUCUAUGCCGAUAUCCGUGCUGUUUAUGAUCAUAUCCGCCGAACUCGGCCAAAUAAACAGAUUGUUCUGCUUGGAUACAGUAUCGGAACAACAGCAGUCAUCGACCUGGCCGCUUCCCAUCCUGAAGGUCUAGUCGGCGUUAUUUUGGUAGCACCAUUUACCAGUGGCUUGCGAUUAUUGGGUAAUCAUCCGCGAAAGGAGAAAACACCGUUCUUCGACAGAUUCAACUCCUGGAGUAAGGUGUCGGAUAUCAAUGUGCCGGUGCUGAUAUGUCAUGGAGCACGAGAUACAGUUGUUCCGUCGGAGCACGGUGUUGAAUUGCAUGAGAAACUCAAAAAGCCUGUGACCCCCUUAAUAGUACACGGUGCAGAUCAUCAGUCUAUUCUCAACGGUGCUUAUCCGCAGACGUUUUGUCGAAUUCACAGAUUUCUGAAAACGGAAACCGAAGUCGAUACUUUGAGUGAGGAGGCCCUGAACGAUUUUGCCAUCAUAUAA